AUGGCCACGGAGGACAAGGGCAUGGCUGAGACACGGCUCAACUUGGAGGACAUGGAGGAGCAGGAGAAGUCGCUGUGGUUCCCGAGCGGAGAGCCGGCCGUGAAAGUGACAGGGGAGAAGACGGACGUGGAGCUGGAGGUCCGGUCUGAGGAUCUGGAUCGUGCCCGUAGUGACUGCCCAUGGUCUGUGGUUCAAGACAGGGAUCCCAAAGGUGUCAACAAGUGCCUGAAGGUAACGUUUGAGGACGUGAUAGCGGAGCCUCCCUCGGUGCGCAGCUUUGAUAAGGUGUGGAUCUGGAGCCAUGCUCUGUUCAAGGUGUCCAGGCUGUGGUGCUACCGGCUUAUCUCCCUCCUGCUGGCGGUGCCGGUCUCACUGGCUGCAGGGCUCCUCUUCGCUCUGCUCAGCUGCCUGCACAUCUGGCUGAUCAUGCCCUGUGUGCAGCUCCUGCUCAUCAACAUGCUGUGGGUCCGGACCGUGUGGGCCGGCGUGCUGAACACCGCCAUCGGUCCCUUCUUCACCAGCAUUGGAAAGUGCUGCGGUAGCAUCAACGUUCGCUUGGCGAGGGACUAA